UGAGAUAGUAGGGAUUGAUUUCCUGUAUUGAUCCCUAAUGGAUUUGUUAAGUGUGAAAUGACAUUUCUGGUUAACUGAACAGUCUGACUCUCUAAGUAGACUUUUUGUUAGGAUUUCCACCAACAUUUACAGACAGCAGUAAAGAAUGUCUGCCAAAGCUAUAAGUGAAGCCAAGGGGAAGGAGCUACUCAACAAAUUCCUCAAUGGAUCUGUAAAGAACAAGUUUGCUGUAGUUAAAGAAGAUACUGACUUAGAAUUACUGACAUCACAACAUUCAUGGCUAGAAUCUGAGAAGCUUGUAUGUAAACCAGAUCAAUUGAUCAAACGUAGAGGGAAACUUGGUUUGAUUAAAGCAGGAGCUGAUAUUAAUGGAAUAAAAGAAUGGCUGGGCAACAAACUAGGCAAAGAAUUUCAUAUUGGAGCUUGCAAAGGAAGACUAAAGAAUUUCAUCAUAGAACCAUUUGUACAACAUCAACAGAAUGAAGAGUUUUAUAUAUGUAUCUAUUCCCAUCGUACGGCAGACACCAUCUUGUUUCACCAUGAAGGAGGAAUUGAUAUUGGUGAUGUUGAUGCUAAGGCUGUUAAGUUAGAAGUACCAGUAGGAAGCGAUCUAACGGAGGAUAAAAUUAAAUCUACACUACUGACCAAGGCCCCAGAUAACAGUAAAGAAUGUUUAACCAAGUUUAUCGUAUCAUUAUACACAGCAUAUAGAGAUCUACAUUUUACUUACUUAGAAAUAAAUCCACUUGUUUUCACUGGAGGAAAGAUCUAUAUUCUUGACUUAGCGGCUAAAAUUGACCAGUGUGCAGAAUAUUUAUGUAAAGCCAAAUGGGGAGAAGUAGAAUUCCCUCCUCCUUUUGGUAGAGAUGCACUUCCUGAGGAGGCCUAUAUAGCCGAGUUAGAUGCCAAAAGUGGGGCUUCAUUAAAGUUGACAAUUCUGAAUAAAUCUGGAAGGAUCUGGACAAUGGUUGCUGGGGGUGGAGCUUCAGUAAUUUAUGCUGAUACAAUAUGUGAUCUAGGAGGAACAUCAGAGUUAGCAAACUAUGGAGAAUAUUCCGGUGCACCCAGUGAACAACAAACUUAUGAAUAUGCUAAUACAUUACUUGGUUUAAUGACAGAACAAAUCCAUCCCGACGGUAAAAUAUUAAUAGUAGGAGGAGGAAUAGCUAACUUUACCAAUGUAGCUGCAACAUUUAAGGGUAUUGUUAGAGCUUUGAGAGAAUACCAACAGAAGUUAAUAGAAGGAAAGGUUGCUAUAUAUGUACGAAGGGCAGGACCUAAUUACCAGGAAGGAUUAAGAAUAAUGAGAGAAUUAGGUAACACCUUGGGAGUACCAAUCCACGUGUUUGGACCUGAGACUCACAUGACAUCAAUAGUCAGUAUGGCAUUAGGGAAGAAAGAAAUUCCACAAUCACCAAAACAGAUGCACACUACAGCUAACUUCUUAUUGCCAACUGGAGGGUCACCAAGUUCCAGUAGAAGAGAAUCAUUAUCUGAAGUAAGAACCCCCUCAAAGACUAGUUCCUUGUCACAAGUUGUUACUGGUGAUGAGUCGGGUACCAGGGUAGCCAGAACAUUGUUUACAAACAGAACAAAAUGUAUAAUAUGGGGAAUGCAACAGAGAGCAGUCCAAGGGAUGUUAGAUUUUGAUUAUGUCUGUUCCAGAAAAGAUCCCUCUGUUGUAGCUAUGAUUUAUCCUUUCACUGGUGAUCACAAACAGAAGUUUUAUUGGGGACAUAAAGAAAUAUUGAUACCAGUAUACAAGAGUAUGAGUGAUGCUAUGGGGAAACACCCCACUGCAGAUGUGUUAGUCAGUUUUGCUUCAUUAAGAUCUGCCUAUGACAGUACUGUGGAAGUUAUGUCAUAUCGGCAGAUAAAAACAAUAGCAAUAAUAGCUGAAGGUAUUCCUGAAAAUCUAACAAGACAGUUAAUCAAGAUUGCUGACGAGAGAGGUGUAUCGAUCAUUGGUCCUGCAACUGUUGGUGGUGUUAAGCCUGGAUGUUUUAAGAUUGGUAAUACAGGAGGGAUGUUGGACAAUAUUCUUGCUUCUAAACUUUAUAGACCUGGCAGUGUUUCCUAUGUGUCAAGAUCUGGUGGAAUGUCCAAUGAGUUAAAUAACAUUAUAUCACUGAAUACUAAUGGUGUGUUUGAAGGUGUAGCCAUUGGCGGCGAUAGAUAUCCAGGAACAGUAUUUUUGGACCAUAUUAUGAGAUACCAGAAUGAAGAAGAUGUCAAAAUGAUCGUUGUUUUAGGAGAGGUUGGAGGUACAGAGGAAUACAGAAUUAUCCAGGCUAUCAAAGAUGGUCAGAUAACUAAACCUAUAGUGGCAUGGUGUAUAGGAACAUGUGCUAAAAUGUUUACAUCUGAGGUACAGUUUGGUCACGCUGGGGCAUGUGCUAACGCGGAGGCAGAGACAGCCGUGGAGAAAAACAAAGCUUUGAAAGAAGUAGGAUGUCAUGUACCAACUAGCUUUGAUGAAUUAGGACAAGUUAUUGGCGAUUUAUAUAAGAAAUUGGUUAGUGAUGGUGUCAUAGUCCCACAGGAAGAGGUCCCUCCUCCUACAGUGCCUAUGGAUUUCACCUGGGCAAGGGAAUUGGGAUUGAUCCGAAAGCCAGCUUCCUUUAUGACGAGUAUAUGUGACGAGAGAGGACAGGAACUGUUGUAUGCUGGGAUACCUAUAACAGAUAUAUUUAAAGAGGACAUGGGUAUCGGUGGAGUGUUGAGUCUGCUUUGGUUCCAGAGAAGACUUCCACGAUAUGCUACAAAGUUUAUAGAGAUGUGUCUGAUGGUAACAGCUGAUCAUGGUCCGGCAGUGUCUGGUGCCCAUAAUACCAUUGUAUGUGCUCGAGCUGGUAAAGAUCUGGUUUCCAGUCUGGCAUCUGGAUUGUUGACAAUUGGAGAUAGAUUUGGAGGGGCGUUAGAUGCAGCAGCCAAGCAGUUUAGUGAUGCAUAUGAAAGUAAACUUAUUCCAAUGGAGUUUGUCAACCAGAUGAGAAAAGAAGGCAAACUUAUAAUGGGUAUAGGACAUAGAGUCAAGUCGAUCAAUAAUCCUGACAAGAGAGUGGUGAUAUUAAGAGAUUACGCUCAGAAGAAUUUCCCCUCAACACCAAUGUUAGACUACGCUAGUGAAGUAGAGAAAAUAACGACAUCUAAGAAACCCAACUUGAUAUUGAAUGUUGAUGGAUUCAUUGGAGUUGCAUUUGUAGAUCUGUUAAAUAAUUGUGGCUGUUUUACAAGAGAGGAAUCAAAAGACUUUGUAGAUAUAGGCGCUUUGAAUGGAUUAUUUGUAUUAGGAAGAAGCAUGGGAUUUAUAGGUCAUUUCUUGGACCAGAAGAGAUUAAAGCAAGGUUUGUACAGACAUCCGUGGGAUGAUAUAUCUUAUAUCAUGCCAGAAACAACAGGACUGAUGGGGACAGACACGGACAAUGUAUAAUUAUCAUAUCUUAGGUUUAUCAAACAUUACUUAAAUUAUGCUGGUCUUUAUUUUGAUUUUGUACAAUGUGGUUUUUAUUAAAAUUGUUACUGUCUAUUAUAUCAGAAGGAUAAGAAUAUAUGUUAUUAUAAAUGAUAAUUUAUGUUAGUUUUAAGUUUUUUUGUGAUGGCUUGAUAGGACCAAUACAAAACUAGAAUUUUCAAUUUAUACUCAAAAAGUAUAAGAUAUAUUAGAGAUUUAUAGUCAACUGAGAAUCUCAUAAUUUAUUUUAUAUCAAAACAUGUAACUAUGGUAACAUUCCUCACAUUUCUUAUAAAUGUUGAUUACUAAUAAAAAAGACAUAAUCAUACAUUUACAAGUGAUCUUCUUAAUUUUAUUUAGAUUAGUUACUUUGUUAAAGAUAGUAUAAGAUUCAUUUGAGUUGAAUACAUUUGUUAUUUUUGUAUUUUUUAUUAUUGCAAAAUAUCAAGAAUGAUUGUAUUUCCCAAACCAACUUGUUAUAAUACAUUGAUAAAUAACUUGUUUGAUUCGUUAUUAGUUGUACUAUGCAAAUUUGUUUGUUAUUGAUGUCAUCAUUUGACACAUAAGUCUUUUAGUCUUAUAUAAGGUUGUAAAAGUCACAUGGAUAUAAAGGGAAAAUAAUCAUUAUUACCAUAAUACAUGUUAUAGCCUAUAUGAACAACAACAAAAAGUUCUUAAUUUUCCCUUAUUCUUACCCCAUUUAUACCUUUCCAGAAUUAACAUUAAGUUCUGUUUGAUCUCCUUUCUUCAUUGGUCAAAAUUGAAAGAUGAAGUAAAAUUUUCUUCUUGUGAUGUCACAAAAAGAAUAAACCAUUCCAUUUGAUUUCAUAUAUAAAGAACACUUCUUUUCACGAUUCAUUAAAAGAUAACGAUAAAAUUUGUCUUCAUAUAGUCUAAAAUCCAAUGCCGCCACCAAAACUUGUGCAAUAUGAUAUUUCUCCACACUUGUUAGAUAGAUUUUAUAGAUUUGAAAAAAACUAAACAAGCCUAGUGUUUUAGAUAAAAAAAACUAUUUUUAGAAGAGAAAUAUAGUAUUUUAGGAGUUGUUCUAGGUAUUACAAAGCAAGUAAAUAAUUACUGCUCUUCUCUGUAUUGGUAUAUUGAGUAGUAUCCUUAACCUUUUAACAUAAACUAACUUAUUCAAUUAUACUUUACUCACAAUUGUCCAUGACCUUUGACAUAAAAGUGCUGACUAAUUAAAUCAUCAAACUCAUUAUCAUAUUCGGCCUGAAAGUGUUGAAACCAUUAAAGUGUGCCAUAACUGUAAUAACUGGGGUUAUACUAUUUAUUGAUAAUGAUAAAACUGCUGCCUAUGUAACAAUCAUGUGAAUAAAAGAAAAAUACAAUUAAUAGGCUAAAAUAUUUAGGUCACUAAGGUUUGUUUGAUUCCUUAAUAAACCACACAAUGAAGUUUUAGAUAAAACAUAUCUACUGGUUUUAAGAUUUGUGUAAAGAUGUUUUAGAGAUAGAAUUUGUGAUCACAUUCAAAACGUUUAAAUAUUUGUGUAAAGUUGUUUUAGAGAUAGAAUUUGUGAUCAAAUUCAAAACGUUUAAAUAUUUGUGUAAAGUUGUUUUAGAGUUAGAAUUUGUGAUCACAUUAUUUGUCUUUAUAUAACUUGUCUCUCGUAUUAGAACUGUACAAUCUGUUAUUGUCUAUGUUUUGUAGAAGUUAUGUUGUUAAGGUUUCAGUGAAAUCAAGUAUUUAUACAAGAUGUAUUUAUGUGGUUGACCUUGUAUAUUGGGUUUAAAUAAAAUAUACAAUAGUGGGCUCCA